AUGAGGACAGGAACUUCCCUUCUUGCGGUCUCUGGUCUGCUGAGCUCUGUUUUUGCUGCACCAGCUCCAGCACCCAACCGCGUCAAGCCUCGUCAGGAGUCCGCAGUACAAUUCUUGGACAACACGAAUAACCCUACCGCCACUCCAUUCGGACCACAGGGUGCAUCUGGCUCGCUGAGAGGAGGAUCUGAGCUUCUGGGCUUCAACCCUACUAAUGUCAUCAGCUCGUACGACCCAGCUGUUGUCCCGUCAAGCGCUUUCAGUGUAGGCCCUCUUCAGACUGCAGAUGCAGAUACAGGUUUCUACCUUGACCUUAGUAAGAUUGAGAACCCACAGCCCAUCCGUGGCGAGGGAGGAAAGUCACCUACGGAUCCUGGACCGAGGAACGAGUUGUUGGAGAAGCAGAACCCGGACUUGUAUAUUCCUCCGGGUACCGAUGCCGGUGAUGUUUCGAACGCCAAGUGGCCUCUUGGUCUUUCCCACAAUAGACACGGGUUGAAUGGCGCGGGAUGGGCAAGACAGCAGAACGUCAACCUUCUACCUGUGGCUAAGAACAUGGCUGGCGUGGACAUGCACCUCGAGCCUUACGCAUACAGAGAACUGCACUGGUAG